UAUUAUUUUUAUAAAAUAUUAACUUUAAUUUUCUGCAAGAAACAUUAAUUGUUUAAAACGAUAAAAUAGAAAAAUGUGGCAGUUCUCUGAGAAACUGCACUUUUAAAGAUCAUUAUUUCGUUUAUAUUUUUAAUGUUAAAUAAUUAAUUUUUUCCAAUCAAAAUAUUAUCAAUAGAUUCCAGGAAAAUUUAAUUUUCAUUGUCUUCAAGUUAUUCAGCAAAAUUUUUUUUAAUCCCAAUUUGCACUAAUGAAAUUAGCAUAUGUCAGAAUGAAGAUAGCGUAUGUAGAAUGAGAUUGAGAUAAAGACUUUCUCUUCGUAGUGACAUCCGUCCCUCCUUUAGAAUAGAGUAGAAAAAAUUCUGAAGCACAACAAAGUAAAAUAAGAGUAAAAUCAAACGAUUGCGUCUGGCGCAUUUCGGUUAGAUGCGAAACAUGUCCGCACACGUCCAUUCAAAGACUUUUUCGUUCAAGACUGCCUGUGGUCAGAUUUAAAACGACUCUGAACCUUGAACUUCAGAUCGAAUUGUGGAAAGUACUUUAAAAUCACAAUUGAAAAAUUACAAAAUUAUAAACGCGUAUUACAUCGACAUAAAAUGCAUUCCACCACGCUUGUAACAGCUUGGAAUCAUUUCAGCCUUAUUGUUUAUCAAAUAAUAAAAAGGACGUUCGCGAGCAUAUCACUUGCAGAAUUCACACUGCGUUCAAUAUUUUUAUGACGUCCAAUAUCUAAUAGAACAGUGCAUUUUCUGGAGAUAAAAAUAUUUCUAUCUAGGAAUUCUGUCAUUUUGGAUAUAGAAUCAUACAUUGGAUAUUGGACGCAGUGUGUGAAUUCUGCAUUAGCAGGUACAGAUUUUCCAAUCAUCGACUGUCAUGUCGUUGCAACAACGCGCUUGUGGUCUUGUAAUUUUUCGUCGAUUUCAAGGUACCAUUCAGUACCUGCUGAUGCAGACAUCAUAUGGAGAACAUCACUGGACGCCGCCUAAAGGUCAUGUCGAUUCGGAUGAAUCUGAUAUGGAAACAGCUUUACGUGAAACUCAGGAAGAGACCGGCUUUUUGCCAAACGAUCUCAAGAUCUUCGAAGAUGCAAGGAACGAGAUAAUGUAUGAGGUGAAGGGGAAGCCAAAAAUUGUCGUCUAUUGGUUGGCGCAGCUGCUCACUCCAAAUAAACCUGUGAAAUUGUCGGACGAGCAUCAGGCGUUUGAUUGGCUGCAUUUGCGUGAGGCGUGCGAACGCGCAAAAUAUGACGACAUGCGAAAAGUGCUUAACGAAUUUGACAAAUAUAUAACGCGAAACCUUGCGUAACUUUUGAAAGAGGUAUAUUUACCUUAUUUAAUUGUUUACACCAAUGUGUGUGUAAAUUCAAAAUUGUAUUCAAUAAAAACUUUUAUUUGAAAUUAUACAGGGUGUCUGG